GGCGAGGCUUUUCGGUGAACUUGUGACGUGGGUCGGCCUUUUGAGGAGUGACAGCCGCCGGGCGUAGUAGCUGCUGACUGUUUUUCCUCCCCUCUCUCGACGCGCUUGACGGAGGGAGAAGCAGAGUCGGCUUUUGGAGAUCUGCCAGCCCUUGAAAUCAUGCUUUCGAAACUUGUGCAUCCACAACUGUCUGCUGUGCUCCAUUGCGGCAUUCAUGCUUCAGUGAGUUCAGCUACGUCUGUUGCAACUAAGAAAACAGUCCAGGGCCCGCCAUCAUCUGACUACAUAUUUGAGCGGGAGGCCAAGUAUGGUGCUCAUAACUACCAUCCACUCCCUGUUGCUCUUGAAAGAGGAAAAGGUGUUUAUGUGUGGGAUGUAGAAGGCAGAAGAUACUUUGACUUUUUGAGUGCUUACAGUGCUGUCAAUCAAGGCCAUUGUCACCCAAAGAUUGUGGCUGCAUUGAAAUCCCAGUCUGAGAAACUUACUCUUACCUCAAGAGCAUUUUACAAUGAUGUGCUUGGUGAAUACGAAGAGUAUGUCACUAAAUUGUUCAACUACAACAAAGUGCUUCCAAUGAACACAGGUGUGGAGGCUGGGGAAACGGCAUGUAAACUGGCUCGUAAGUGGGCUUAUACGGUGAAAGGAAUUCCAAAAUAUAAGGCAAAGAUCAUUUUUGCAGCUGGCAACUUUUGGGGAAGAACAUUAUCUGCUAUUUCGAGUUCUACAGAUCCUUCCAGCUAUGAUGGGUUUGGACCAUUUAUGCCAGGUUUUGAAGUCAUUCCAUUCAACGACUUGCCAGCUCUUGAGCGGGCACUUCAAGAUCCAAAUGUAGCAGCUUUCAUGGUUGAACCAAUUCAAGGCGAAGCUGGUGUGAUUGUUCCUAAUAACGGUUACCUAACAGGUGUGCGAGAGCUUUGCACAAAGCACAAUGUUCUGUUUAUUGCUGAUGAAAUUCAGACUGGGCUAGCUAGAACUGGGAAAAUGCUGGCUGUUGAUCAUGAAAAUGUGAAACCUGAUCUGAUCCUGCUUGGAAAGGCUUUGUCUGGAGGGGUUUAUCCCGUUUCUGCUGUACUGUGUGAUGAUGAAGUGAUGCUCACCAUUAAACCUGGUGAGCAUGGCUCCACAUACGGAGGGAACCCACUGGCGUGUAGGGUGGCCAUGGCAGCACUUGAGGUAAUUGAAGAAGAAGAAUUAGUCAAAAAUGCAGAAACCAUGGGUAAUUUAUUGAGGAAUGAACUUAUGAAGACCCCUUCAAAUGUUGUGACGUGUGUCCGAGGAAAAGGAUUAUUAAAUGCUAUUGUUAUUCGUGAAACUAAAGACUUUGAUGCCUGGAAAGUAUGCUUGCGGCUCCGUGACAAUGGACUUCUGGCCAAACCAACACAUGGUGACAUCAUCAGAUUGGCCCCUCCCUUGGUGAUUAAGGAAGAUGAAAUCAGAGAAUGCAUUGAUAUUAUCCACAAAACAAUUUUAUCUUUCUGAAAUCACAUGUUCAAAGCAUGCCUUCAAGUUGAAUCCAGUGUAAGAAGUGAUGCUCUGGAAUCCCCUAUUAAUAUUUUCCCUCCUUUUAAGAUUCUAAAACUGAAUAGUUAAACUUUUGUAUAAUGGAUCUAAGCAAAUGUCUAUUCCUAAAUAUACUUUCUGUAUACUUUGGAAAAUUUGUUGUCUUUCAUGUGAAGAACUAUGAACUGCUCAACAUCUUGUCUAUGAAUAUCACCCAAAGCUUUAAGUAUAAAUUGUUUAAUGUACCAAAUGCUAGUAUCUCAAAAGAAGAUUAAAAAUAAUAAUCUUUGGCUUUAAAAAAAUACUUUGGUGCUGCAUAAAGACUGAAGUCUUGAUGUUGGUGCUAAUGGUUUAUCUGUCAUUAAAUCCUAGGUUGUAAUGUGAAGCUCUUGACAAUGGUAGAAUCUUACUUUUGUCAGAAAGGUGCAUCUGUUUGUAAAGGAUGCUAAACUGUAAUGUCAUAGAUGGUCUUGUAAAAAGACAUAUCUAUUUAAUAACAUAUUGGCAUUGAUUCUAGAUUGCACAGUUUGAUCUGCAAGGCAAUACCUGUCUGUAAAAGUCAAACUAUUCUAAACUUUUCUGUUUUGUUUUUUUCAUUGAAGGAUAUUCUGUAGAAACUUGUUAAUACAACUAAAAUGGCUAACCCAAA